AGCAAAGGCAGUGUGCACUUUUUCUUGGGUUCUUCUGUCCUGUUUCUCUGCUCUCUCUAUUCUGGUUUUCCGAAGAAGUAGAACACAUUUUCUCAGCAAAGAAGAAAGAAAUGAGUGAAGAGGCCACCAAAAGAAGCUUAACCAGUGCUCUAAUGGUGAAACCCAAGGCUGAUGACCGGAAAUCUUCUCCGGCACCUCCUUCCACGGUCGCACCCCCUGGCAAACGAGUCAUUAUCAAGAGCGCCGACAUGAAAGAUGACAUGCAGAAAGAAGCUGUCGAUAUUGCCAUCGCCGCAUUCGAGAAGCACAGUGUGGAGAAGGAUGUUGCGGAGCAUAUAAAGAAAGAGUUCGAUAAGAAGCACGGACCUACUUGGCAUUGCAUUGUUGGUCGCAAUUUCGGUUCGUAUGUAACUCAUGAGACAAACCACUUCGUUUAUUUCUAUUUGGAGCAGAAAGCGGUUCUGCUAUUCAAAUCUGGUUAGCCAUGAUUGUAUCUUAUAGCUAAUGCCUGUGUGUAUUAAAUUAAAAUGCUGGCAUGUUAAACUUUUCCCCAUCCUUUCAGAACUCUCCUGUGCCUAAAUUGUAUAUUUCCUUUCACUUCUUUAAUGGGUUUUGAACUUCUAAUGAAUGUGAAUUUCAGUCUUUCAUGACUUAGAGAUUCAGUUUUUAGCUA